GUACCGUUGGCACCGCACCCCUUUGAGCAGUCCCCUUGGUAUCUGGCGACCGUCGCAGCGAAGAGACAGCAGAAACUCAUCAAUACAACGCCCUCACCCACGAUUUUCAUCGACUGCGACCGAGGGCUAUCGAAUCGAUUAGGCUCAUCGAAUUACCUGGCCCAUCCGUUUAAUUGAAAACGGAUGUCGCCGCCGCCGAUGCUAUGAGUGAGGUUGGCCACAAGGACCUCUCGAAACUCCUUCAAAGCAAGAGGGAUUACAACAAUGCAAUUGUAACCACUCGCAAAAGGAAGCUGCGCGAGCUGUUCGCGGUCGCGACCGGUGCAGCAGCGGAGCCUUCCAACGAUGGAGUCGUCGCCACAAACAACGACGUGUCCGCCUCAACACCGGCCGAAGCAGCGUUCCUCGAACACAAUCAAAUAUCAUCGGCCAAGAAGUUCCACGAGUCGAGCAUCCCGACGCGACACCAACUUCCGUUCGAUAUUUUGUCUCGAUCGCUGUCACUUCUGGGAUACAAUGCGCCGAUCACGACACUGCCCAUACCUGCGACCGAACACAGGCGCCACGCCUCGCCGCAGACGAGUCGAGGGUCGCAUCGAAAAGUAUCGCCUGGUACAGCUUCGACAGUAACAGCAACACCGACGCCCCCUCCCCCGGCCCAGAGGAUAUCACCAACGGGUCAGAGACCAUCCGAUGCGAAACCUCCGACACCUCGAGCAGCCGCUGCUACCCCGAUUGUGCCCCGACCUCCGUCAACGGGACCGGCGCAUCUCGCUCAGAAACCCGGGACGCCUCCUGUGUCUGUUCAGCAGCCUCAUAAGAAGCCGACGCCUCAGCCCACACCCGCUGGUGCUCCACCACAGCCUGCCACGACCACCAUACCGACCCUGCAGCAGCCAGUGCCGCGGCCACUGCCACCGAAGAAGAUCGCGGCGAAAGAGUCUAUACCUGUGCAUGCUCCACGACCAAUUGCACCAGCGCCACCGACGCCAGCCGCAAAUGCGAUUGCAAGACCCAUCAGCACUGAACCGAAAGGCACCACGAAUGGAGUAUCGCCAUCGCCGGCAGCUCACGCUACAUCGAGAAGCGAAGGAGCAGGGACACCGACCGAUGGGCUAUCUGGACGACGGCCUCAGCAAGUGAGCUUCCCACCUGGAACGAAGGGCUCCCCUACAGACGCGACAAAGCCUCUUGCGCCGCAGAGGCCCGGGCCACCUCCACCGCCGGCUACAGGCCCGCAGAAUAUCAGUCAGGCACAAGCCCAACCGAUACUCGGGAAGCCCUCCGACUCUGUUGUUGUCGAUACUCGUAUGCCCGAUGCCCCUUCGUCGCCCGAAUCCAUAGCGCCCAGUGCGACUACCCCGGCCGCACACGAUGUCUCGACUGAUACUAGUCCUGAUCAUGAGCCAUCCCACUAUGAAGAGCCAGGGCCAGAGAAGGAGAAGGACAGGACGCAGGCCCAGGACAAGGGAAUACCUACGGCUGCUUCUGUCGGAGCCAGAACAACGGAAUCGACAAUACCCGGGCCCGAGGACGCUGUGGAGUCUGCAGAGGACCAGCUGUUGCGCGAAUCUCGACAAUCGACAGAAGCGAAAAUAGCUGCGCAGGAAAGCCAGGGUGUUGCUGAGAGCGGUACUGCGAGCAAGGCACCACAUGAAGCCCCAACUAGCAAAGCGGCCAGCGUUGAGGUUAAAGGUGUGCCUACUGCUCCCGUUGAGCCGAAGGCCCCCGCUCUUGAGUUCGCGCUUGCACAAAAGAGCACAGAUCCAACAAUUUCGCUUGAAAUCCCCGACAGUCGCGACGUGUCCGUUGAUCGCAUGGAUGUCGAUGCCUCUUCAGGACCGAAAGACACAAAACCCAAGGCUGUGCCACAGACGAGUCGGGUGGAGCCUCCAACCACCAAAGAUGCGACUGAAGGAGAAUCGACACCAUCUACUGUCAAUAUCAGUGCCAGUGCGAAAACAAACGACGAGCCACCCGUGGCAGAGCGCGCUGUCACAAGAGUGUCAUCCGGUGCUAUGCGUCCGAAGUCUGUCAGUGAGAUUGUCAGCAGCCUUGCUGCACAGGAUAGCAGUGCUGACAGGCAUUCGGAGGCUCGCGACCACCAGCUCACGCCCUUUACAUCAAUGUCGCAAUCGCCGACACCACGAAGCCGACGCGUCUCAUCCAUGCGCAAAGACAGGCCCAAGGGGCAGGUUUCUGCUGUGCUCUUUGGGAAGCAGCCUCAGCGAAUAGAUGAGAGCGAGCUUACUGUCGGAAACAAGGAAUCCGCUCAGCCUAUUGAUGAUUAUUACAUGCCCCUGUUCAUUCAGGGGUUUGCUCGUGGGUCACAAUGGAUGCAGCCUUUGGAGAAGAUGCUCUACCACGCCAAUAAGACCUUCUCCACGAGUGAGUCGCUCAUGACGAUCCAAGACCAUCAGGCCUGCAAGGUUCUGCACCGGGUUUAUCACCUUCAAAGCAGCGAUAAAUGGACAUUACGGCAGCCGAAACGAGCCCCAGAGCCUACGAGACCCGCCAGUCAGUGGGACGUUGUCAUUCGCGAAGCUAAAUGGAUGCGUACAGAUUUCAGAGAAGAGCGCAAGUGGAAGAUGGCCGUUGCUCGCAACUUUGCCCAAGCAUGCGCUGAGUGGUGUGUUGCGACCCCUGAGGAGAGGAAGUCGAUGCAGGUCAACGCGCGGAUCCCUUCCAAGGACGAUGCAGAAGUCGAGGACAUCUCUAUGGCUGAGGGCAAGGAGCCAACGCCUGAUCUGGUACAUGACAAUGCCGCCUCGCCGCGGGUUGUUGAUGAACUUGCAGAUGUCUUCCCCGAAACCGCGGCGCCAUCCGCCAUUUUUGCGCUGGAGGAGGAUGACGUUGUCUUUGGCCUCCGGCGCUCCGCCGCAGCAGAUCAAUUACUGGAAGAACUGCCGAUGUAUUGCCCGCCUUUGAAGAUUCCCCAAUACGACCCUUUGGCGCCACAAUUCGACCCCGAUGCACGAUGGCGACGACCAGCUUUGCCUCUGAGCAAAUAUGUGGAGGGACAGAUGAGGUUGACGAACGAAGGGCCACCUCGCAAACGCAGCCGUUACAACUACCACCAUGAAGAUUCUGAUGAUGAGGACGACGCCCCUUUCCUUAAUGAACCGGCAGUGUAUGCCCAGCUACCGCCCAUUACCGACGAAGUUGCUCUGUUCCGACCAGAAAUGAAGCCUAUUCGCGACAGAAUUCACGCAGGCCACCAGUUUCGGCCACCCACCGACCAUCAAAUGCCACUUCAGAGCUUUUACGAACACCGUUCGCCAUCCAUGUGGACGCAAGCGGAAGAUGACCAUCUUCGUAGCCUUGUGCGUGAGUAUUCGUACAACUGGCCUUUGAUCUCGAGCAUGUUGGAGAGUAAGUCCCUCUACUCCUCAGGAGCAGAAAGGCGUACGACAUGGGAGUGUUUUGAGCGUUGGAUCCAGCUAGAGGGUCUCCCGUCCGACAUGCAGAAGACAGUCUACUUCAAGGCGUACCAAAGUAGGAUUGAGGCCGCACAGCGCGUCGUUGCACACCAGCAAGCCGCAAGGGAACAAACGGCAGCAGCAAAUGGUGGUCAGCCUCAGCCCAUGAGACGACGCACAACAGUGCCCAUGCGCGUGGAGCGCCGACGAAACCAGAAGCAUUUGACUCUGCUUGAUGCCAUGCGGAAGCUGGCUAAGAAACGCGAAUUGGCCAAGCAAAAGAGUGACCAGGCCGCGCAGACGGCGCAGCAGAAUGCUGCGAACCGACCGAACAUGAUGCAGCAGCCAGUCCGUGGAGCGUGUAAGACGCCUCAGGAGUACAGCCUGCAGCGUUGGAGGAAAGAUCAGGAGCUUGCCGAGAAGUUGUCAAACUUUGCUACCAGCAACAAUGCUGCAAGACGGGUAAGCUCUCGUUCGGGUCUUCCGUCUAAACAGACUUCUGACGCAUCGUCUGCACAGGCCGCUGCCAUGCAAGCCCGAGCGCAACAAGUUCAGGCACAUGGGCAAUUGCCUCCAGGCACACCUGGAUCUCGUCCCGGUUCUAAUGGCCAGCAUCCUCAGCAGCAGCAGCAACAACAACUUCAAGGCGGUCCAAACGGUCAGCCGCGUCCUCCCCAACAGGCAGGCAUGAACAACGGGAGGCAGCCUCAAGCUCGCAUGGCCAUGCCACUGCCUCCAAAUGGUAUGGUGCCCAAUUCGCAAGUCGGUGGUCACGCCCCAGUCGCGCAUAUGAAUGGUGGUGCCCAGCACCCACAGAUGCAAAACAUGCAGGCCAUGCAAGGUCCCCAGCGGGUUGCGAUGCCUCCGCAACAUCAGAGCCAGCAACAGCACAUGGCACAGGGUCAGCAGCAGGGUGGUCAGCAGCAGCCGGACCCGAACAUGGUGAUGAGGGCCCGGCAGCUAUCGGAACAGCAAAGGCAAGCUGUUCAAGCCCAGCAGCAGCAUAUGCAAGUGCAGGGCCAGCCGCAGCAGCAGCAAGGCAGCAACGGCGGAACACCAAGGCCCCCAUCUGCCCACAAUGUUCAGCACUCGCCCUCACCAAACAUGGCCAACGGUCUCGUCAAUGGCGUAGCCAACGGCAUUCAAGGCAUGAAUUACCAAAACUUCGCCAACAACAACCAACAAGGGAUGAUGACGGCGUUCAAUCAAGUGAACAACGGCGCUAAUGGGCAGGCCUCCCCUCAGGCCGCGCAACAGAGUGUGUACACUGCUUCGCCAGGCUCGGCUUCCCGCGCGACUACUCUGCCAGCCCCGUUCCAGGCACAGCUGCAGCAGCUGGAGGCACAGAUUCGUCAAAAGAACCCUACUGUGAAGCCUGAUCAAGCAAGACAGCUGGCUAUGGACCAUAUGCUCAAGGCUUUCCAGCACCAACAGAGGCAGAAUGCCAUGUCCUCCGCGGCGGGCGUCUCAAAUGGCGGUGGCCAGGCCAACCAAGCGCAGAUGGGUAUCGCAGCAGGCAACAUUGGCGCGACCACAAGUCCACAUCAGUAUGCGCAGCUUUUGCGACAGCAGCAACAAGCUCAAGCCGCCCAGCAGCAGCAACAACAGGCCGCGCAGGCUCAGCAGCAGCAACAGCAGCAGCAAGCAGGCCAGCAACAGCAGUCGCCGCCUGUGGUUAGGCAAAGUAGCGAGGCUGCCACGCCGACUGCUCAGUAAACACCAUGAAGGAAGGUGUCGCGUCUUUGCGCCCCCUUACGGUGGCUACCAUGAGGAUGAGUAGCUAGCAAAACAAGGAAUAUGUACAAGUUAAUACAAAGCCUCACUAAACAUGCGCGUG